UUUUAAGUACUGAGAGAACGCGAUUUCCUCGUUCUCAUCGACGGGAACACGCUGUUUGAGUGGGGUGAAGAACCUCACAACUGCCCUUCGAGAGCAUAGGAGACUUUGGAAGGAGUGAAACGGCGGAGUUCCCCAGCUUCCAGAGCUGCAGGAAAGGUUGUGUAUAGUUAUUCAAACUGGUUUUGUAUCUGUUGAGAAUGGCUGCUGCAACGGCGUCAAAGCUCCAAAUUGCUACUUCCAGGCCUUAUGUUUCUUCCGGCAAGCUUGUGAAGCCAGGCUUUGCAGUGCUCAGAACGGAUUUUGGAGGAUAUUCUAACAUUAAGAUUUCGAGUUCUUUUAUUUCAUCAGCACCUGCACUGAGUAGGUGCUACGUGAAGCAGGCCAGGAAGCAUGAGAGGGUUGUGACCAAGGCUAUGUCUGGCGUAAAUGGGGAUGCGUUCUCUGCCACUUCAUCUCUUGAUCUUAGGGGUAAAAGGGCAUUUAUUGCUGGAGUCGCUGAUGACAAUGGUUAUGGUUGGGCAAUUGCAAAGUCCCUUGCUGCUGCUGGAGCUGAGAUCCUGCUUGGAACCUGGGUGCCUGCACUUAAUAUCUUUGAGACAAGCUUGAGACGUGGAAAAUUUGACGAGUCACGUUUAUUGCCUAAUGGUUCUUUGAUGGAGAUAGCCAAAGUUUAUGCUUUGGAUGCAGUUUAUGACUGCCCUGAGGAUGUCCCUGAAGAUGUCAAAACAAACAAAAGAUAUGCUGGAUCCUCAAAUUGGACAGUUCAGGAGGUAGCUGAGUGUGUUAAAUGUGAUUACGGAACCAUUGACAUCCUUGUCCAUUCUCUUGCUAAUGGUCCAGAGGUGACGAAGCCAUUAUUGGAAACCUCGAGGGGAGGAUACCUUGCAGCAAUUUCUGCAUCAAGUUAUUCUUAUGUUUCUUUGCUUAAGCAUUUUCUUCCUAUAAUGAACCCAGGUGGCUCCUCUAUAUCGCUUACAUAUAUUGCAUCAGAGAAAAUCAUUCCAGGAUAUGGUGGAGGCAUGAGUUCAGCAAAGGCUGCCCUUGAGAGUGACACAAGGGUGCUUGCUUUUGAAGCAGGAAGGAAGCACAAAGUUAGAGUGAAUACCAUAUCUGCCGGCCCAUUGAGAAGUCGUGCAGCCAAGGCCAUUGGGUUCAUUGAUAUGAUGAUUGACUAUUCCUUAGCAAAUGCUCCAUUGCCGAAAGAGCUCCUAGCAGAUGAGGUUGGCAAUGUAGCUGCAUUCUUAGCAUCACCAAUGGCUUCUGCUAUGACCGGAAAUGUUGUAUAUGUUGACAAUGGAUUGCAUGCCAUGGGAGUGGGAGUGGACAGCCCAGUAUUCUCAAAUGCGGGUAACCCUAAAAGUGAGGGAAUCUAAGCUUUUUUUAGAGCUAUGUUCAUCUGCAUCUUCCAUUAGCCCACUUUCAAGUUAUUGGUGUGAGUGCUUAUCAGUAGGUUCCUUGUUGCACUUUUAUCCAAUGGCUCUUUUAUCGUGAUUUUUUGUUUUCACCUCAAUGAGUGAAACUGUUCAUUUUUUUCAAGGACUUCUGAGAAAGAUUGAGCCAUUCCGGAGAGAGAGAGAGAGAGAGAGAGAGAGAGGGAGGGAGAGAUUUUUGGCUUUAGAAUUUCAUACGGAAUGUUCAUGUUUAUUUUCUUGAGUAGAAAAGCUAAGGCAUCAGGUAAUCUUCCAGUUUUA